AUGGUUUUUCAAAAAUUAAAUAUUGAGAAAAUGUGAGUUUUCAGCUUUUAAAACCUGAAAUUACGAGAAAAUAAUGAUUUUCUUCAAAAACCCUAUUUCUUUCUCACUGAUUUCAAACAAUUUUUCAGAAAAUUCUGAAUUCACCAGCUGAAAAUCAUCAUUUUCAACAAAAAUCACAAUCUUUUCGCCCGAAAAUUCAAGAAUUUCAGCUAAAAUUCAUGAAAAACGUUGAUUUUCGAAAUUUGACACGAAAAAACACGAUGGCCGAGUUUUGCGUGGCCUAGAAACCGACAAGCCACACUUGCACUGUGUAAAAAUUUCCCUCUUUUUCGCGUGUUUUUCAGCCCAAAACCAUGUUUUUCAAGCGGAAAUCGAUAUUUUUACUUGAAAAUAAUGUCAGAAUCUUGAAUUUCAGCCAUGUUUUACGCGGGGUUCAUCGAAAUUUCGAUGAAAACCAAGGAAAAAUAGAUUUUUGCGUGGAAAAUUGUUUUUUUGCAGGAAAUACACAAUGGAUUGUGAUAUAGCCUCAUAUCACGUGGAAUCCUUCGAUUUUCUGGUGACUUCCGGAUGUCAAUUUGCGGCGCAAGCAGUUCCAGCCGAAAAAUUUCGGCUGAAAAACGGUGAUGCGGUCUCGCUGAAAUAUAUUUCGGCGCAGUUGUCGAAACCGACUUUGGAUAACUCGGUGAGUGGAAUUUUGGAGUGGAAAAUGAGGAAUUCGGUUGACAAAUUGAUUUUUAGACGGAAAUCUAGGCUUAGGCUUGUUAAGACUCAAAAAACGUGGGAUUUCAGCUUCAAAGUAAGCCCAGACUUAGGCCUAAUUCUAGGCUUGUUUAGACUCAAAAAACGUGGGAUUUCAGCUUGAAAAUAGGUCCAGGCCUAGGCCUAAUUCUAGGCUUGUUCAGGCUCAAAAAACGUGGGAUUUCAGCUUGAAAAUAGGUCCAGGCCUAGGCCCUAUUCUAGGCUUGUUCAGGCUCAAAAAAACGUGGGAUUUCAGCUUCAAAGUAAGCCCAGGCUUGGGCCUAAGUCUAGGCUUAUUUAGGCUCAAAAAACGUGGGAUUUCAGCUUCAAAAUAGGUCCAGGCCUAGGCCUAAUUCUAGGCUUGUUUAGACUCAAAAAAUCUGAAUUUUUCAGAGCAAAUUAAUCGCCAGCGAUCAAGUUCCACUAAUGCCUGCCGAAUGUCGACAAAGAGGUUUGACGUAUGCUGGAAAUUUGAAAGUUGGAAUUGAUGUGAGUUUUUUUUUUUGGUUUUUGGGCGGGAAAAUGGAAGAAAAUGGUGAUUUUCUGGCUGAAAAUCUUUAUUUUCAUGAAAAAUUAAGUUAGAAAUGUUUCUGGCUAGAAUUUCCAGCAUCUUUUCAUAGUUCUAAGCUGAAAAAUCUGGAAAUUCAGGUCCAGAACCACCGAGACCUUGAUUUUCAGAUCUUCCAGCAUAGAAAUAUGCAAAAUGUUGAAAAUUUCAGAUUUUUCAUGAAAUUUUUACCAUUUUUCCUUUUUCUGGGCUGGAAAUGCUGAAAAUCGAAGUCCCGAAGCUUCUAGACCAUAAUUUUCAGCUUUUCCAGCCUAAAAAUAUGAAAAAUGAUCGAUUUCCUUCAGGUUCAUGUAAAUGGUCAACGGCUUGACGUCAUCGAAACAAUUCUUGGCCGAGUUCCAAUAAUGCUCCGUUCAGCCGGAUGUCAUUUGCAGGAUUUGAGCCGAAAAGAGUUGCUCAAAGCUGGCGAGGAGCCAAUUGAAAAAGGAGGUUAUUUUAUUGUGAAUGGUUCCGAAAAAGUGAUUAGAUUGUUGAUUGCGAAUAGAAGAAAUUUUCCGAUUGCGCUGGUUCGAAAAAGUUUCAAGGAGAAGGUUGGUUUUGAUCGAAAUUCGAGGGAUUUUUAUCAAAAUUUCAUGUUUUUCAGCUUAAAAUUCAUGAUUUUAAGAUUAAAUUGAUGGUUUUGAGCUUAAAUUGAUGGUUUUCAACCCAAAAUUGAUAGUUUUGGCGCCAGAAAUCCACGUGGCGAAAGUCUCUUUCAAAUCGUAUGAAAUUUGGUCUUCUGAACCUAGUUAUAAGCAAUAAUUGCUGGAAAUCAUGUAUUUUAGCUCAAAAAUAGCUGAAAUUGUGCAAAAAUCGUGAUUUUAGCCUAGAAAUGAUUGAAAACAGAGUUUCUGAUAAAAAAUUAUAGAUUUUUACUCAUUUUGAUCAGAAAACUAUGAUUUUCUUUCUGAAAAUCACUGAAAAUCUGUAAUUUCACGGGGAAAAAUCAUAAAAUUUUGAUCUAAACAUAUCAAGUUUAUACUCAUUUUCAUCAGAAAAUCAUCAAAAACCACCUAAAAUUCACAUUUUUCAUCGAAAUUCUUCAAAUUUAUGCUCAAAUUCAAUCACAAUUUUCCUACCAAAACCUCUUCAAAAAUCUUCCAGGGUCGACUUUUCUCGGAAUUCGGUGUAAUGAUGAGAAGUGUCAAAGAGAAUCACACGGCAGUUAUGAUGACAUUACACUAUCUCGACACUGGAACAAUGCAAUUAGCUCUACAAUUUCGUCGCGAGAUCUUCUAUGUUCCUUUAAUGUAUAUCGUCAAAGCGUUGACCGAUCGAAACGAUGCGGUAAUUGCGGCGGAAUUCAAACGCGGACGAAAAAAUGAUCAAUUUUAUGCGAGUUGUGUGUUGAACAUGUUGGCACAAUGUCAAGAAGAAGGUGUGAUUCAUCAAGAAGCGGCAAUUCGAGCGAUUGGAUCGAGAUUUCGAGUGGCGGUUGCGGAUCGAGUUGCACCGUGGGAGGAUGAUUUGGAAGCGGGACGGUUUAUUUUGAGGUCAGCGAGUUUUGGGGGCGGAAAAUUGAGCUAA